AUGGCCAUAAAAAGGCAGCCUGCCCCAUAAUCACUUUACCUCACUCUUUCAUCACUUAACCCGAAGACACUCAGUGUUAACAGCUCAUUAAUGUUCAUUUGCAAAGAGGAAGAACUUGGUUUACUAUAGGAAGCACCACUAAACCGAAUAAGGGGAAUACUGGACACAUUGCAGAACUAAGCAAAAUAUCUGUGAAAGUUCUAAAUUGUGCUUUCAUUUCUUAUCUGGCUUAUCUCCUUCUUUCUCCAAAGAAAGUAUUAUUUUUUUCACCCAGUAAGGCAUCUGUAUUUCAGGUAUUUAUAUGUUUGCUGGAGCAUUGCCACCACUUCCUGUUCCCCCAAAAGAUUCACCCAGUCAUUUGGAUGAUGAUGAUGAUUAUGAUGAUGGUAGUGCUGUAAUAGUAUCUUUACCACUAAAAGAAAUGGAAAAGAAAGAAGCUCCUUCCACCUGUAAACCAGCAAAAGAGAAUGACUCUAGAAAACUUCACACACCCAUUCUUUAUGCCCUAGUAGCCAUAAGCUUCGCAAUGUGGAUUACUCACUUGUUCUUGAUCCUGGAGAAAUACUCAGAAAUUUCACAGACGAUAGAGAACGUAAACCUAAACUACUCAGAGAAGUUUGCAAAAAUGAUGAAAGAUCUGGAUUAUGCUAAAACAACACAAUUGAUGGCUGAAAAAUACACAAGCAACAGGUUCACUGAAACUGAGGACAUUUUAGAAUCCAUCUGCAGCCAAGGAAACAUCACAAUUGUUUCUUCAUGCCCCAAUAGUUGGAAGCGUCAUGGGAAAUACUGUUAUUACUUUUCAACUGAAAAGACAAACUGGACUAACGCCUUGUGGAAUUGUAUUAAUUAUAAGGCAUAUCUGAUUAGCAUUUCAUUUGAUGAAGAACAGGGUUUUCUGAAAAAUUACCUCAGUAGAGUUGACAAUUAUUGGUUGGGUAUGAGUGAUUUAGAAGGACAGUGGAAGUGGAAAGAUAGUGGUAUGCUAGUCGGAACGAGUUUUUGGAAUCAAGGAGAGCCAAGCAAGGAUGUCAACAAGAACUGUGGGAUCAUGCAUUCCAAUGGGACAUGGGCAUCUGCUGUGUGUUCUAUUCACAAUAGGUGGAUUUGCAAAAAGAAAUUGAUCUGCUAAAACAAUUCUUUGAGCUGUGUGCUCCUGAUACAGGAGUUAUACAAUCUGUUAUGUGCUGAAGAUGCUUAGUAGCUAGACAGAAGUUACCAUCUUCUUAUCAUUCAUAUUGUGACACACAAUUCCAUAUUUGCCCAUAUCAAAAUGUAUAGAUAAUUGUGUGAUGAAAUAUUCCUUCUCUGCAGUUGAGCCAUAUUUCCCAGAGCUCGCAUAAUCAUCCAUAUAAAACUUGAGGGCAGGGAAACAGGUAUACUUUCCUCUAAUUCCUACAUAAAUAGCAAAAAUAAGACAUGUUAAAUUCAUGUAUUAAUAUAGUAGGCACUUUGACCCAUAGAAACGCUGUCAAUUCCUGCCCUCCAAUGACCCAUACUCAUAAUGGGGCACUCUGACAGAGAAUGUAUACCCAGUGUUUUUAAAACGGUGCAGCCACAAUCCUAAUUAUUCAUGAACGUCACAUGAUAUGUCAAUGAAUGUCACAUGAAUGUCAAUGAAUGUUACAUGGAUGUUAAUGAAUGUCACAUGAAUGUCAAGGCAAUGAACACAUUGGUUUCAGGAAAAUUCUCCACAACAAAACACUCAUAGUUAAUACUAAGAAAGUAUGAUUCCUUGCAUAAAAACUAGGAGAAAACCUUCAGAACUUCAAAUGCUCAUGCUGCCCAAAAAGCCACUCAUUAACUCGUUCUCCAGGCUUUAGAUGUGAGUGAAAUAUUGAAGAUUUUAAGAAUUGCAGCAUUUCCCCCCCCCUUCCUUAAUUAUAAAAGUUUUAGCCUCUACGGUCACAUAGAUUUUCCUUCUGCCUCACUCACACAAGCACUCAUUAAGCUGCUCCUCAGGCUCAUUUGCAAGGUGGUAAUGAAAGUGGAGUGGGGAAUGCAAGAUGCAAUUUUUGGAGGUGCGUAUUUAAUUAUAUUCUCAAGACAGGAAAAAAAAAGUGGAGCAUUGGUUGCCAACUUGGGCACCUUGCAAAUCUGUAGACAUUAGCAUCCAAAAUUCUUUGCAGUGGUCUUGCAGACUGGGGAAUUCAAGAAACUAUACAGUUUGGGGAAAGGUUGAUGUAAAGUAGACCCAAAAGAAAGGAGGUUGUACAGUACAAAUAUUUUUACUCUCUGUUCUACUCUACUCUCAAAUGCUAGUAAUGACCAGUCUAUUAUUUUUUUUAGAAUAGAAUA